AUGAAAAUUAGACAAACCCAAAAUGCUAUUGUCGAACUAGAAAAUAAUGAGGGAAAUAUAAUAUCAAGUCAACAAGAUAUCUCUGAAGUUCUUUUAAAACACUUUGAAGACAAAUUUAAGUUCCAGCACACUCACACGGUAGAUGGUGUUUUUGAUGCAAUUCCUAUACUUGUUCAUGCUGAAGAUAAUCAAAUGUUAGCAGCUAUUCCUUCCUUUGAUGAAAUCCAUAAAGCAGUAUUGGAUAUGGAUCCUGAUAGUGCUCCAGGACCAUAUGGAUUCAGUGGAUGGUUCUACAAAGCUACUUGGCACAUCAUUGGUGAAGAUUUUUUAAAUCUAUACAACACUGCUGGACCAAAGGUUUCGUUCCAACUGCAAGGAGCUUUUAUUAAAAGGAGAAACAUCCAAGAUCAAAUAGUUUUAGCUUCAGAACUUGUUAAUGAAUUGGAAACCAAAAGAAGGGGAGGAAAUAUGGCUCUAAAAAUUGAUAUUGCACAAGCUUAUGAUUCCAUCAGUUGGCAAUUCCUCUUCCAAGCUAUGAAAAGUUUUGGUUUUUCUGAAAAACACAUAGAAUGGAUCCAUAUAUUAUUGAAGUCAAGAAAAAUCUCUGUCUUGAUCAAUGGAGGUCCAGUUGGCUAUUUCAGUGUUUGGAGAGGACUCAGACAAGGAGAUCCAUUAUCUCCAUUAUUAUUUGUUAUAACAGAGGUUGUUCUUAGUAGAACCAUUAGCUCAAUGGUGGAUAAAAAUCUUCUCAUUCCAAUGGUUAACAUAAAUGGAAUCCAACCAACCCAUAUAUUUUUUGUUGAUGAUAUUUUCAUGUUUUGCAAUGGAGACAAAAAAAAUCUUAGAAGAUUGAUGAAAACUCUUAAAGACUACCAACAAGCUUCAGGCCAAAUUGUCAGUGCUUCAAAGAGUAAAUGUUUUGUUGGAGGUGAUCCUGGUCAAGCUGGUUUUGGAUUUAUGGGGAGAGACUGGAAUGGAGAAGUACUAGUAGAUGCCUCAGGGGGUAUGGGCAUUGCAACAAAUUUUCUUGCAGAGGUAAUGACAGUCUUAUGUGCAGAUUCAAAGGCAACCGUUGCAGCAUUUAUAUCAAGGAAUCUUCCUUGGAUAGCUAUCACCAGAUGGAACAACAUAUGUGCUAAACUUCAAUGA